CAUGCGAACUGAAAACGAGGGUCCGAACGUGGCGACUAUUUAUCCAAGAGAACCUCAUUAGACAUUAAAAACAUUUUAACGGGGACGUUGAUCUGGCAAACCACCUGAAUACCUUAUAGGCGGAUACAAAUCAAGCAAAAAUAUGACAUCAUCAAACGAAUUCGGGAACCCAUUGAGGAAAUUUAAAUUGGUUUUCCUUGGCGAGCAGAGCGUUGGCAAGACGUCCCUUAUCACACGAUUUAUGUAUGACAGUUUUGACAACACAUACCAGGCAACCAUUGGGAUAGACUUCUUAUCCAAAACUAUGUAUUUGGAAGAUAGAACAAUUCGGCUACAGUUGUGGGACACAGCAGGGCAGGAGCGUUUCCGCAGCUUAAUUCCGAGCUACAUACGAGACUCUUCAGUAGCUGUUGUGGUCUACGAUAUAACAAAUGCUAACUCCUUCCACCAGACUUCAAAAUGGAUUGAUGAUGUACGAACGGAAAGGGGAAGUGAUGUCAUUAUAAUGUUAGUAGGAAACAAAACAGAUCUGUCUGACAAGAGACAAGUGACCACAGAGGAAGGAGAGAGAAAGGCCCGGGAACUGAAUGUGAUGUUUAUUGAGACCAGUGCAAAGGCUGGCUACAAUGUUAAACAGUUAUUCCGAAGAGUAGCAGCUGCCUUACCUGGCAUGGAGCAGACAGAACCCAGGCGCAGUGAUGAGAUGACCGAGGUAAAGUUGAAGGAAACGCCAGCAGUGCCGCAAACUCAGGAAGGUGGCUGUGCAUGCUAGCCCUUGUGGAUGUCUUUAUUCCCACCAGUGCAGACAUCUUCAUUGCUGUUGCUUUUGCUACUGUUGUCAAAGUGGCAAACAUAUGGUCUAAACAUAUAUAGUGGACUCGUCUGGACCGGCAGCUGUAGUGAAGUUUUUUGCACUUCAGAACGUCUGUUUGAUAGAUCAUUUGCCUGCAACCAGCAAUAAAUUUUGUCAGCCAUGGAAACCCACCUCAGUCAAAUUAUCCCUUUAGUUCAAAAGGAAGUAGAACUAUAAUGUCUGACUGUAUAAGGUCAUCAGCAUCAGCUUGCAGAGUUUUACCAUUGAAGCAGACUACCAUUAAAGUUUUGAAUAAAGAUGCAAAGAUUCUUAUCAGGGCUUUCUGGCAGAAUCAGAGAAGAUAUUACAAUGCCACCAUCAUGUACCAGCCUUAAUAAAAUAGAAUUCUAACAGAGAUAUGGAUCUAACCAUUGGAAAAUCUUAUCCUUUAUCAUUACAAUACUAUUCAGUUUUACAUUGUUUAAAUUAUCCUAGCCAUCUUAAAACGCAUUCAUACACACACUCAUGUACAUCCAAAUGUAGGUACACAAUUUAUUCUGCUUUUUAUGCAGUACAGUCAAUUAGAUUAAAAAUGGUAGCAAAAUUUUGAGAUUCAGUAUUUUUUAAACAUAUCCAUUAAUGCCAGUUUCCAAGAAACUGAGCUUCAUAGUGAAUGGUCCUACAAUAAUCACUUGUGUUUCCAAGAAUACCUGUGAGGGACAUACUUUAAAAGUUAGCAUACAUCUGUAUGAAGUUCUUAAUAUGAAUUAAUAUAUUUUGUGGGUUAUCAUUCUUUACUUAAAAUCAUUAACAAAUUUUCUACAUGUACUUCGAUGAGGACUGUAUAUUAGUUUGCAGACAAUUGGAUAUAAGUAAUGGUUAAGUGUAUCUUUGCAUUCCUCCUUUAUUGAAGUGCCACAGGACUGUUGUCAGUUGUGUGACCACCUUAUGGUGAGGGUGGUAGCAGUGAUGGCACAGGGAGGUGAACUGCAAACAGCAGUCAUGAGCAUGUGGACAUGUACAAAUGUAUAAUCAAAUGAGAAGCACUGUAAACCUUUAUGAUUAUUCUUGUUCCCUUUUUUUUUUUUGGUAACUGCACAAAGUUUGAUGUGCUUUGUCAAAAUGUUUUGUGUAUUUUUGUGCUAAAUCUUUCCUUAUUAUUUUGGAGACUUGAGGAGUAGAGGACAGUGUAUUUAUUGAUGUUUGUACUCUGCGCAGUGAAGUGGGUCCUGAACAGAGCUCUUAACACAUGGCAGGCACUUGUCAAGGGGACUAAAUUCAAAGCUGUUUUGGCUCAUAGAGUACUUACAGUAGGCAUUUUCUUAUUCUUUUGUAACAGAAUGAAAAAGUAGUCAGCUUAGUGCUUACACUAUUGCUUGCAAAUGUGUGAAAGGGAAAGGAAUUAGCAGUUUUGGCAACAUUCUUUUGUAGAUUUUUUUUUCAUAUAAACAUCAGUUAUGGAAUAACUAAUAGUGACUACUAAAGUGUGGAAUAACUAGUAAAACUGGUAAUGUGUCUAGAAUAAUUAGCAUACAAACAUGUAGACGGUUCGGAAUAACUAACAGACAGGUAAUGUGUAAUAACCAGGAAAGCUGCUAGAAUAACUAACAUGUCUUGGGGAAGUGGAUAGCAAAGUGGUUAAAGCACUGGCAUCCAAACCUGGAGACAUGUCAGUUAUUCCUGCAAAGUUACAUAGAAGACAAGUGUUUUAUUGGUAAUAGGUACAAAGGCUGGCUUGCUUACUUGAAGCAUCUCUUUUAGUUGUGAUUUGAUCUUAUUUUAAUCAGUUUAGAUUAACGUAGAAUCGCAACAGGUAAAAAAUAGCUUUAGUACAUUCAGCAUUCCUUAAAAUGGUAGUAAGAAAUAGAACGUACAUUUUUAAGGUGUGAAAAAUCCCCAUUCUCUGUUUUUUUUGUUUUAAUCAUUGUUGAAUUUUUGUAAUCUGUGAUGAAAGAAGCCAUGGCCACAUUAUUAAAUGGCAGUGAACCAAAAGGAGUUAACUUUUUAACCUUUUUUCCUCUGGUAGUGUGUGACAUCAAAAUACUACUCAAGCAUUAUAAGAGAAUUUCAAUCUCUUGCCACAAUUUGCGGUUGUCCAGCUGCAUCUGUUACUGCUUGCAUAUAAGAAACAUACCUUUACCAUAAAGGUGAAAGUCGAAAGUUUUGUGUUUAAGAAUGCACAGGAGAGAGCAUGUAUGUUUGUAUUAAAAGAGAGUAUGUGUACUUGCAUGACUUGUAACAAAUUAUUAGUUCUUUUGUCCUCCCAUUUCUGUACAUCUCAGUUAUGCACAAUUACCACAUGCAGUGUGAUGAAUUUAACUUGCUACUUACCUUGCAUCUUGCAAAAAUUUCACUUAACUAGUGAUAAUGAGUUCCUUUCACAGACCUACACAUGCAAAAGUGGACAGCAGUGCAAGAGUCUUAGUGCAAACACUACUGCUAAGAUGUAAACUAUGACUGAACCAUGCUAAAUAUAAGUGAACAAGGUUUAUAAUCUAACAACUUGCAGGUAUACUUCAUGUUCAAUAUAAAAACCAAUAGAAACAGAAAGUAAAGACUCCUAGGGGUCUCAGUGAUAACAAUAAAAGAAGGUACAUAUGUUCUACAUUUUUUCAUGUAGUACUAUAAAGAAAAGAACAUGGAGACUGAUAUUCUAUUAAAAUUAUAAAUGAGAGAAAAGACUUUCCAUAAUAUUGGAAGAUCAGAAAAUUAUUCUCCAUUUGAAGUUAAUGACCUGUUUCCAUAGAUGAUUUGCAUCAGAGGUGUUUAGAGCUUUACUGCAAAAGCUACAAAUGCAAAAAAGCAUGUUGCAAGUACAUGAUUGAACACAAGGAAACCUUGCAAUAAAUUGUAAACCUUAGCUUUGCUCUUUACAUUUGGUUUGCACUUGUUUUUUAAAUUCUGUAUUUAAACUUGAGUAAUUUGUAGCAUGUGUCUGAUACUAAAUUAAAGUUAACUCUGGCACCAAAUGGAAAAAAAUCUGGUUUUCACUAUUUCUUAUCAGAACACAUAAACAGAAAUCUUCAAGAAAAAUGGUAUCACGUAGCAUGUCCCUUUGCUCUCUAAUGAAAUGUUCUUCCAGUUCUAACUGCAUAAGAGGAAUAAAAUAGCACUUUCUGGAAUGAGGGGACUUUCUACCUAGGAACAAAAAUAGCAAGAACAAAUAUGGUAGCUUUCCAUUGUUUAGUAUGAAGAAAGUCUGUUACCAUACUCUUGGCUACAAUAUUACUCUUGACAGAAAUUUUGCAAUGCCACGGGGUAAGUCAGUCUUGCUAAAUUGGCAUUUUUAAAUGAAUAAUUACCAGAGUUUCUGUAAUGUCACAUUGUUGCUUACCUUCACCAGUCUUGAGCCUCUCAAGAAUGCCUUUUAGCAGUUUUUCCCCUUGAUGAGUGUUGGUUGGCGAUUCACUACACAUUAUCACCAUUGUUAGAUUUUUUAAAUGCUUUUGUUGUUAUUUUUAGAGGGAUUUUUGUGUCUGAAUGUAACUGAAUUUUGUUCAAAACUUUUUAAGUUUAUUAUCUCCUGUACUCUUGUAGAAUUAUUAUUUUAACUGUGCAUUCUUUUGGGGAAAGCUCAUUUGGUUUUGCUUGUAGACCAUUUAGCAUGUAAGAAUGACUUCAUUUAUGAACACCCUUGGCAGUGGCAUGUCUUAUGUGUACUUUGUAUUAGAUGGACUGUGAGGACAGUGUUGUGAUAAUGCAGUCAAUAAAAAGUGCUGCACUUUUUCAGCUCA